AUUGACGUACUGUGUCCCCCACGGCCCCGGGGCCUCAGUGGUCAGGAGAGAGCUGCAAUCAAAGUAGACACACAGGUCGAACUUUAUUAGCCACCACUCGAUACCAACCACAGGCUCCUCCAGGGACGAGGCGCGGCGGCACAAACGGAUUUUCACACAGUGGGAGUUGUUGUACUGUGGUUUCCUGCGGGCCUGUGGUGUCGGCGUUAGACUUUUGUGUUUGUUUUUUGCCUCAUUUUGGGGAAGUGAUUUGAAAUGUUUUAACUUUUAUGAUGGCAGCGUUGAAGCUAAAGACGUGAAGAUUACUCCUGAAUCGUUCCAGUCUUUGCAGGCAGCGUCCACAGCAGCAGCAGAAGAAUCGGUUCUCGGCUGCAGGGACAGACUCUUCAGACUCUCGGCACCAGAAGCUCUGUUGAAAUUCCAAGAAUGGGGAAAACUGGACAGAGCACAGUGGACUUGAACUCUCCCACAGAGGUCAAACAAGCAGUUCCUUUUGAGGAAGUGGGUCCUGCGUCGCCCCCUGCUGUCAAAAAGAAGAAAGACGAUGUGCCCGACCGGGGGAGCUGGAAGGGAAAAUUUGACUUUCUGCUGUCGUGUGUGGGAUAUGCCAUCGGCUUGGGGAACGUGUGGCGCUUUCCUUAUCUUUGUGGCAAGAACGGAGGAGGAGCUUUUCUGAUCCCGUACUUUCUGACUCUGGUGUUUGCUGGCAUUCCUCUCUUCUUACUGGAGACAUCUCUGGGUCAGUUCACCUCAGUGGGUGGACUGGGAGUUUGGAAACUGCUGCCCAUGAUGAAAGGUGUUGGUCUGGCUUCGGUGAUCCUGUCCUUCUGGCUCAACAUCUACUACAUCAUCAUCAUCGCCUGGGCGCUCUACUACCUCUUCAACUCUUUUCGAUCGGAGCUGCCUUGGCAAAGCUGUGACAAUGACUGGAACACGGAGAACUGUUUCUCCAACUACAGUCUGGAAGACACCACCAACCUGACGAGCGCCGUCACUGAGUUCUGGGAACGAAACAUGCACCAGCUCUCCAGUGGACUGGAGGAACCAGGGGAAGUACGUUGGCCGUUGGUGGGCACCCUGGCCCUGGCCUGGGUCCUGGUCUACUUCUCCAUCUGGAAAGGAGUGGAGUGGACAGGAAAGGUGGUGUACUUCUCUGCCACCUAUCCGUACUUCAUGCUCUUCAUCCUCUUCUUCCGAGGGGUCACUCUGCCCGGAGCCAUCGACGGCAUCCUCUUCUACAUCACCCCAGACUUUAAUAAACUCAUCAGCUCCGAGGUGUGGCUGGACGCGGCCACUCAGAUCUUCUUCUCCUACGGUCUGGGCCUGGGUUCGCUCAUCGCACUGGGAAGCUAUAACUCCUACAACAACGAUGUCUACAAGGACUCCAUCAUUGUUUGCUGCAUCAACUCCUGCACCAGCAUGUUCGCUGGGUUUGUCAUCUUCUCCAUCGUGGGGUUCAUGUCGUACAUCACCAAGAAACCUGUGAAGGAGUUAGCAGCCUCAGGUCCAGGUCUGGCUUUUCUGGCCUAUCCUCAGGCGGUCACUCAGCUGCCCAUGUCCUCUCUGUGGGCCAUUCUCUUCUUCUCUAUGCUGAUGAUGUUGGGCCUGGACAGUCAGUUCUGCACAGUGGAAGGCUUCAUCACGGCUCUGAUGGACGAGUAUCCCCGUGUGCUGAGGAGGAGGAAGAAGGUCUUCAUCCUCAUCGUCUGCUUCAUCUCCUUCAUCAUCGGCUUCUCCAACGUCACUCAGGGAGGCCUGUACGUGUUCAAACUCUUUGAUUACUACUCCGCCAGCGGCAUGUGUCUGCUCUACCUCGUCUUCUUCGAAACAGUCUCCAUAGCUUGGUUUUACGGAGCUGAAAGGUUCUACCAGGACAUCGAAGACAUGAUCGGCUAUCGACCGUGCGUCUGGUGGAAGCUCUGCUGGAUGUUCUUUACUCCGCUCAUUUGCCUGGGUGUGUUCACCUUCAGUGCUAUUGAGAUGACACCUUUGACUUUGGGGAAGUACGUCUACCCCCUGUGGGGACAGGUGAUUGGCUGGUUCAUGGCUCUGUCCUCCAUGAUUCUAGUCCCAGGCUACGCCAUCUACAUGUUCUGCUCCACCAAAGGCACCGUCAAACAGCGUUGGCGGAAGAUGACAACUUCCCAGGACGAAAAGCCAUCGGGGCAUGAAGCAUUUACAAACACAGGGAGCGUGGGCGAAGCUCCCGUCUAGACAGGAUUGUUCAGCUCAGAGAAUCCUCGCUGCCGUUUCCCUACGGUUGUACAGAAACACUGACGGUGUUGAAAUGGCAAUUGAGCAAAACGGAAUCUACAGUAAUUUAUAUUAAGACUUGACGUUAGACAGGUAAUUAUUUAUUUGUGUGGUUAAAAAAAAGUCUGUGCUCUAGAUGAAACGUCAGCUCCACAUUGCCCUUUGUACAUAAACCACACUUAAAUUACUGCUACUGUAAGUCUUUGCCCCGUGUGUUGACUCGUAGGCAACAUGCACAAAAUCAGUGUCGUCAGUGUAAACCAAUGUUGCACAGUUGAGUUCCUGAAAAAAAUAAAAAAUAAAAUUUCCAGUGACGUUGUAAAGAUGUGUAACCUAGAAAAAUAUUGUAUUAUUUAAAUAUAUGUAAAUAUAAUGGCUAUGGUAUAAAGGUUGUUUUUGAUUAAUUAGAUCAAAGUGGUUUUCGUAUCAAUUGGCACGGAUGGAAAAGGAAUAUUAAUUGGCUGUUUUAAUUAUAAAGUGUGUCCUAGAAAUGUUUGUUUUUUUCUCCCUGGUCAACACAACAAAUAUACAGCAAUAAAAUAAAAUAAAAACUCUUGGGUUGGGUCAGUGUGGAUCCCUUACAUCAUCAUUUAAAUUCUCUUAGCCACACAUAACUUCCUAUUUAGCUUUUCAUCUAAAAAAUGUUUUUUGACUUACUAUGAAAGAUUACACUAUAUGCUGACGAUAUUACCACUGCUCCCAUUCUUAAUCAAAAUAUAAACCAUUCCAAUCGUAAACUCGGUCCAGUCCAAGAAUCACUGCUGAUGACUGUGGUGACGAGACUUAAAUCAUCUUUAAUAGCAUGUUGAUAUACAGGGAGACAGGGACUCAGAAUCCACUGAGAGAAGUGAUGGAACUUUUACACUCACUUUUAAAACGUCCCAUUUUUUUCCCAAACGUGUGAGCAAACACAGUGUCGACGAGCCGGGUGAUCGUCACUCAUGAAGCAGUGCACUGAUAUGGCAGAGCCCUUUUUCAAAAUUCACUCAGCACACACUACAGCACUGUGGCAUCAAAGUCCGCUCUACAGUUAUGCUACAUUUAUCUCCUUUCGGACCAAAGUAAUCUUAGGGUUUCUCAUUAACACGUCUCACACGUGUGCUCUUAACGCACAGAAGAAAGAAAACAAAAAAAAACAAUUGCAUUUUUAAUCACCCGAAACGCUUCAACACAUUGUCAAGUAGGAAAAACAGUGCAGUCGCACAAAGACACGGCAAACAGAACUGAGGAAAGACAAGUCCGAUUUGUCCCGCAUCGGGUCAAAAACGGCAUAUUUUGUUUUGUGGCGUCCAUCAUGAAUAAGACUUUAAUUUUUUUUCAUCAUUCAACUCCUGCUACUGUGCUCAAAGCAAAUCCAUGCACCGAGAAACAAGUAUCAAAUAUCUUCCAAACAGCUGUCAUGCACAGGAAGGAAAAACUACUAGAACCUUAAUUUAGAUUUAAAUUAUCAAAUGAGAAACUAUCAUAGACUUGGGAGUUUAUUAUGUGUUCAAAUGUGUACUCAUAAAUGGCUAAUGAAACAUUUCAAUUGAUAAUGACAUCAAAGUCAACUAGAGGGGGCGUAGUUGGAUUCCAAAAUAGAAAGAAAAAAAAAUCAGAACCUGACAAAAAAAAACCUUAAAAUAUUUAAAAUUGUCCGUAUAUCAUCCUUGAGGCUUUUACAUUCUGUGUGAAUUUAUUAAGCAAAAAUGUUGGUGGUAUUUCUUUCUUUGUCUAUCACAUGCUACACAAUCGAACCCCUGAAGCAUCUCUCAUCAGGCACAGCUAAGCUAAGCUAAACAGUUUAAAGAUUAAUAGUUUAGAGUUAGCUAAAAGCUUGGUUUUACAAAGAAAAGCCAAGUAGUUAUGUUAGCAAAUAUAGAGCAAAGUAUCUAAACAUUAGCUAAGAAAAGCAAAUGUUAGCAAAAUAGCUAAUUUUAGCAUGCUAAUCAUUUCAAUUGGCCCAACCAUUAAGAAACAACUAUGGGUAGCCAAAACAGUUAGCCAAAAGCUAAUACCCUUAAAAAGUUGUGCUAAUCAAACUGACAAGUAUUUCAUUUUCCCAUAAAUAUUAAUAAUACUGCAGUUACCUUGGUAAUGUGAGUGUUAAAAUGUCAUAGCUACAUAGCUAACACACAAAGUGAACCAACAGUCUUUUCAGUGAGUGAAUGUGGAGAGGACAGAGAGAUGAGACAGAGACAUCCCUGCAGUGGUGUGACUCUAUAAAUCAUCAGGUCAGAAGGACGGAGGUCAGAUUAGAGAUUAGAGAUUAGCGCUAACCCAACAAUCAUUCCACUCUCCCCGCUGUUUAGAAGAUGAUGAUCUGGUGACCUCUUAGAUAACAUAUAAAAUAUAAAGGACAACUGAGGGAGCAGUAGUAUUUGGAACAGGCUGAAAUCUUUUUAUCCUUUUGCUAGCAUGUUAUGUUAGCCAUUUUGUCUUUAUUUCUGUUGUAGAUUGAAUUCAUAUCCAGUUCCUCUU